UAGAGUUAAUCGGAAGGGAUCUAACUCUCUCUCUCUCUUUCUCUCUCCUACACCAUUGUCUGUUCUUAAAAAUCUCGAUCUCUGCACAUUGUCCUCUCCCUUUCUCAGUUUUGUGAUCAUGCAUCUUCUUAAACUUCAACAGUAAGAGACAGAUACCAGUUUGCAUGAACGAUAUAUCACUAUCACAACACAUCAUCAUUCAUCAUCAUCUUCUUCUUCUUCUUCUACCAUGGCCUUUCCACCUUCUCACAGCUUCACGUUUCACACUCACGAACAAGAUCACCACCACCUCCCUUCAACCUCUCUCAACUCCUUCCCCUUACCACCCCAACACUUUCAAGGGGUUGCACCACCAUUGAUGUUGAAGCGGUCCAUGUCGUUUUCAGGCAUUGAGAACAAGUGCGAUGAGGUGAAUGGAGAUGAUGAGUUAUCCGACGAUGGGAACUUUCAGUGUGGGGAGAAGAAAAAGAGGCUGAAUUUGGAACAGGUGAAGGCUCUAGAGAAGAGUUUUGAGUUGGGGAACAAGCUUGAGCCAGAAAGGAAAGUGCAGUUAGCUAAGGCUUUGGGGUUGCAACCAAGACAAAUUGCCAUAUGGUUUCAGAAUAGAAGGGCCAGAUGGAAAACCAAGCAAUUGGAGAAGGAAUACGAAGCACUCAAGAAGCAGUUUGAGGCAGCUAAGGUUGAUAAUGAUGUUCUUAAGAGUCAGAAUCAGAAACUACAGGCAGAGUUACAAGCAGUAAAAAGUAGGGGUUGGUGUGAAAAUGGAAUAAUGAGACUUAAGAAAGAAGGUGAGGGUUCAUGGAGCAAUGGAAGUGAUAACAGCUCAGACAUUAAUUUAGAACUCUCAAGAGCACCAGUUUUGAACAACCCUACAUCUUGUCAAGCACCCUUUCCCACCAGCAUCACUCAGAUCCUUCAAUAUUCGUCAAAACCAGAUUUUCAUGAUGAUGACUUCUGCAACGUGAUUCACAACAUUGAUGCACACCAAAACUUUUGGCCCUGGCCUGGUCAACAGAACCACCAUUUCCAUUGACCUAUAAAUGAUUUGAGGAUCUAUCAUACAACAUUUUUCCUUAAGUUUUUUUUUUUUUUUUUGCAUUAUUAUUUAUAUGCUGUAGAUUGGUGUAUAAAGUCUGAACAGAUUAAAUGUAUGUAGAGUCGGUGGACUUUAAGCAGUGCAAUUUCUUUCCCAUAGA